CCCGGGUGAAGUAAAGGUGUGGAAGUGUCAACAUUGUACAUACCUGUUUUUAAUACAUGGACACAUCUCCUGCGUGUGUUUAUAAAGAAAGUUUAACAGGACAGGUAAAGGAGAGAGAAGAGGAUUGCAAAUAUGGGAAAUCAGUUGAAAGCGAUAUUAUUGGGUGCUGCAGUGGUAGCCAUAGCUUGUACAACCAUCAUCGCUUUGAUUCUCUCUCUUGUUAAUCAUCAGACUUUGAAUCAACUAUACUCAACACAGUAUGGGAUUGCACUUGAUGCCGGCUCCAGUCACACGGCCCUCUUCCUGUACCAGUGGCUGGGAAACAAAGAGAACAACACUGGAAUAGUCUCGCAGAAACAGUGUGACGUGGAGGGUGAUGGCAUAUCAAGCUAUGUCCAGAACCCUCCAGCGGCUGGAGAGAGUCUUAAGAAAUGCUUGGACGUUGCUAAGGCAGCAAUACCAGAAGGCCAGUGGAAGGCUACACCUGUUUACCUUGGUGCUACUGCUGGCAUGCGGCUUCUUAGAUUGAAGAACCAAAGUCUAGCAGACAGCAUCCUUGAAGAAGUCAGCAAAACACUCCAAAAUUAUCCCUUUGAUUUCCAAGGCGCAAGAAUUAUAACUGGCAUGGAAGAGGGGGCUUUUGGCUGGAUUACUAUCAACUACCUCUUGGAGAGCUUUGUCAAGCACACAUUUGAAGGCCUUUGGAUCCACCCUAAAGCAGGAAAGAUUGUUGGAGCUCUAGAUCUUGGUGGCGCAUCAACACAAAUCUCAUUCACCCCAAAAGACAAAGUGAAAGAUCCUGAUUCGGCUUUUAAUCUUCAACUCUUUGGGUACAAGUAUGAGCUGUACACACACAGCUACUUAUGCUAUGGCAUGGACCAGGCUUUGAAGAAACUUCAGGCCUAUCUUCACAAGACUGCUGGACCAUCACAUGUUAUCAGUCACCCAUGCUACCACAACGGAUUUACACUUAAUGUUACUUGGGCUGAACUUUACAACUCCCCUUGUGUGGACACACCAAAUUUUAACCCCACGUCUACAGUCAUUUUCUCAGGAACCGGUAAUUCAUCCCUCUGUCUUUCUCUAAUUAAGAUCAUUGUCAACCUCACAGAUUGUGCAUUAUCACCAGACUGUGGAUUCAGCGGUGUCUAUCAGCCUCCUGUCAAUGGUGAAUUCUUUGCUUUUUCCUCAUACUUCUACACCUUUGACUUUCUUGGUCUUGCCCCCAAAGCUCCACUGACACAGGUUCUUUCUACUAUUGAGACCCACUGCAACAAAAACUGGACCACUCUUACUGCUGAAAAUCCAACCAUUAAAGCAAAAUAUCUGAAAGAUUAUUGUGCUUCUGCACAUAUUAUUAUGACUCUUCUCCUGAAAGGAUACAAGUUCAAUACCAUAUGGGAUCAAAUCUCUUUUCAGAAACGGGUAGCUGACACAGAUAUUGGUUGGACGUUGGGCUACAUGCUGAACUUGACCAACAUGAUUCCUUCUGAACACCCCAGAGCGGUGACAGGGGUGCCUCACAGCCAAUGGGCAGCUCAGAUUUUCUUCAUUGUAUUUGCUCUCUUCCUCAGUCUACUUAUUAUAGUCAUCGUGUCUGUAAUCCAGUGCUUUAAGUCCUGAGUGUGUUUACAUUAUUUUUUAACAUUUCCAUCACUUUUGUUUACACUGUAAAUGUGUUUACAUUAUUUCUUAUCACUUAUAUUUCAGAAAAAUUGAUAUUGACAAGAUAACUGUUUUGACUACUGUUUGAGAUUUGAGAAACGUUCUUCACAAAGAUGUCACAAACAGUGAAAUAAUCUAUAUAUUUUGACAUUAUGAUAAAAAUGAGAUUACUUUUUUUCUAUCAGAAUACUGCUUUUUGUGAGUUAUUUAGUGUCUUGUUUUCAAAGCUGACUAGUUAUACCUCUAUAGUUUGUGCUAACUAGUAAUCCAAGAAAUGGAGUUACAAAGAUUUUUCAUCAUUCGUAAUCUGUGAAUUGUAAGAGUACAGUUAAUUUUUAUUUG